AUGUAUAGCAAGCGCCCGCUCAACACUUACAUCGGGGGUACAUCUAUUUUAUUGUUCGGAAAGUGGUUCACCAGUCUCGAGUUUGUGGUCGAUGGGGCAGGUACGGUCUUCAGUCUCUAUCAGAGAUUGGGACGUGAUAAGUCCUUCGCGAUUCCCGCUCUCAACGAGUAUCAGGUAUUAGUCUCUUCCGAGCAAAAGGUCCGGGAGCUGGGGGAGAGCGCGGAGAGCGUGCAUUCAUUCCACACGGCCAUGGAACAGAGGAUUCAGCACAAAUACACCUUGUUUGGCUUCCAGCACAACGAUAUAGAUCCGAAUAACGAUAUUGCUAAGCGUGUUAUCAAGGUCCUGCUUCGCAUUAAUUUACCUCAGAUGCAGCAAGGCCUACAACCAUUGAUCAAAGAUCUGUUUAAGCAAGAGCUGACAGAUAGAGACUUGGAUGGUUGGAGUCAAGCAAGUGGAUUUACCCUAGCUAAGCACCUUGUUACACGAAUCAACAAUUACGUUCUCUUGGGUGGGAAGCUGGCUAGCGAUCCAGCUUUCGAAGAUGCUGUCAAUCGGUACCUUCAAGACGUCGUGGUAACCAUGGAACUAUGUCGCCACCUCCCAUCAUUCCUAGUUCCAUUGGUGGCACCAGCCAUGAUGCGUUGGGGUGGAGCUAUGCAUUUCAUCGGUCGCGCUGUUACUGCCGAGGUAGAAGAUCGAGUUAAGAGCAACAGCACAUCCCAGGAUCCCUCACCGUGUGACGGCAUGCAGUGGGUAAUAGAUUCAUCCAAAACUCCAGAACAACGAACAGUAUCUCGACUGGCCCAACAAAUAAUCGCUAUUCUCUUUGCCUCCGUGCAUCAAAUGGCCGCAGCUCUGGUUUACGCCAUGUAUGACUUGUGUCUCCAUCCGGAGUUCAUCGAGCCGCUCCGCGAGGAAAUCAAGAAUGCGCGAAGCGUGACCAGCUAUGAAGAUCAUUUUGAUCGGUUGCCUUUGAUGGACAGCUUCCUACGGGAGUCUGCCCGACUCAGUCCAUUAGAUGCCUUGUCAAUUCAACGGGUGGCUCUAUCACCCUACACGUUCGCAGACGGCACGCAUGUCCCAACUGGAAACCUUGUUGCCGUUCCUCAAGAGGCGAUUAUGCAAGACCCGGAGCAUUAUCCAGAUCCGAAGAAAUUCGAUCCAUAUCGGUUUCUGGCGGUAGAUGAAACGGAUGGUUCGGUGAGAGCUUUUCCAAAGUAUACAGACGUGCAUUGGAACUAUCCAUUCUGGGGUUCGGCGAAAAAAGCAUGUCCCGGUCGCUGGUUUGUCUCGAGGACAUUGAAACAAGUUCUCAGCCAUGUGAUUAUGAAGUACGAUGUCAAGCUGGCGGAUGAGAAUGCACCACGAACCUUUGUAUGGACCACGGCUAUUGUGCCUCGAUCUAGUACAAGGUUGAUGUUGCGAGCGCGAAAGUGA